AUGGACGCCUUCUCCGGGUACAACCAGAUCAGGAUGGCACCCGAAGAUCAAAAACAUACAGCCUUCCUCACCGAGCAAGGAAUAUACUUUUACAGAGUUAUGCCGUUCGGGUUAAAAAACGCCGGGGCAACCUACCAGAGGACGGUGAACAAGAUGUUCGCCCACCAGAUCGGACGAAACAUGGAGGUAUAUGUCGACGACAUGAUCGUAAAGAGCCGAACGGCGGAGGCUCAUCCCGCCGACCUGGCGGAGACAUUCGACACUCUGCGGAGGUUCGGCCUGCGCCUCAACCCCACCAAGUGCGCCUUCGGUGUGACCUCGGGAAAAUUCCUCGGAUUCAUCGUACACGAAAGAGGGAUUGACGCCAACCCGGAAAAGAUACAGGCCCUCAUCGACAUGCGGCCUCCACGGACGAUCAGAGACCUGCAGCGCCUCAACGGGAGGCUAGUCGCUUUAUCGCGCUUCCUCUCCCGAUCAGGAGAUCGAUGCCACUCUUUUUUCCGGGCCCUGAAGGAUCCGAAGAACUUCCAAUGGACGGCGGAAUGCGAGACGGCCUUCGAGCAGAUGAAGCUACACCUGGCCAGCCUCCCUCGACUCGCUUCGGUCUCCCCAGGGGAGAAGCUGAGUCUCUACCUUGCCGUCUCUCGGCACUCGGUCAGCUCGGUUCUAGUCAAAGAAAUUUCCGGCGACCAACUACCGGUCUACUACGUCAGCCACAUGCUGAGCGGGCCAGAGGAACGCUACCCGCCAAUCGAAAAGUUGGCGCUGGCGCUCGUCCUGUCGGCGCGGAAACUCCGCCCCUACUUCCAGGCCCACCCAAUAGAGGUAAUAACCGAUCAGCCGCUUCGGCUUAUCCUGUCCAAAUUCGAUGUUGCAGGGCGUCUCCUCAAAUGGGCAGUGGAGCUCGGCGAGCACGACAUACAAUACAUACCUCGGACCGCCAUCAAAGCCCAAGCCGUGGCAGACUUCAUUGCGGAGCUGACGCCGAAUACCGGCGAAGAACUCGAGCCACUGCGCGAUACCUGGACCCUCCACGUAGAUGGCUCGGCCAACGUGAAUGGCGCCGGCGCGGGUCUGGUUCUGACGACACCUGACGGCCGCUCGAUCGAGCGCUCCUUCCGCUUCGGGUUCAAAGCCACCAACAACGAGGCAGAAUACGAGGCUCUCCUGGCGGGGCUCCAGUUGGCACUGGAAAUGCAGGUGACCGACAUACGCGUCAUCACCGACUCGCAGCUGGUGGCUAGGCAGCUCGAUGGCGAGUACGAGGCCCGGGACCCGACUAUGGCAAAAUACCUAGCGCAGGUAAGAAGCCUGGCCGCCAAGUUUGCCCAUUUUGAACUGUCGAAUGUUCCCAGGAGCGAGAACCAGCGAGCCGACACCCUGGCUAAACUGGCGUCCGGCCCGUCCCCCUGGGCUCGACCCGAGACCGAAGAACUCCCCCGCCGAGCCAUAGAGGUCGUCGCUACCGUCGCUCACGGCGCGCCGGCAACUUGGGUACAGGAGAUCUUACGCUUCAAGCAGGACGGGACCCUGCCCGACGAUACUACUACAGCUCGGCGCUUGCGUCGAACGCAGGCGUGGUACACCGAGGAAGGAGGACGGCUGUACAAACGGUCUUUCUCGCGCCCCCUGUUGCGCUGCCUAGAGCCGAGCGAAGCCAGGACGGUUCUGUCCGACAUGCACGAAGGGGCUUGCGGGGAACACAUAGGCGAGCGAGCCCUGGCGCACAAGGUACUCCGACAGGGGUACUACUGGCCGACCAUGCGCCAGGACGCAAAAGCUCUCGUGCGGCGAUGCAGCUCGUGCCAGGAGCAUGCCCGUACCACCCGACGACCGGCGGUCCUGUUCACCCCCGUCGACUGUGCCUGGCCAUUCGCGCAAUGGGGACUGGACAUACUCGGAUGGGUCGAAGCCGAGCCCCUAGCGACCAUCACGGAGUCGCAAGUGAAAAGGUUCGUAUGGAGAAACCUCAUAACCCGUUUCGGCCUGCCCCAGUCCAUCGUCGCCGACAAUGGACCGCAGUUCGCCGGCAGGAAAUUCCAAGAGUUUUGCGCCAAGCACAAAAUUCAACUGAGGUUCAGCUCGGUGGCUUACCCCCAGGCGAAUGGGCUAGCUGAAGUAACCAACCGAGCCAUCGUCGACGGACUCAAGAGAAGGGUAUCCGCUACCCGAUCGGCUUGGAUCGACGAGCUCCCGAGCGUCCUGUGGGCGCUUCGCACUACCCCCAAGACCCCGACCGGGGAGUCUCCCUAUAGCCUCACGUUCGGGACCGAGGCCGUAUUACCACCCGAGUUAGCCGUCCCGACUCCGCGGACGGCAGACUAUAGCGAAGAAGCCUCGGGCGAAGGGCUGCGAUCAAACCUGGACCUGCUCGAGGAAAGACGGGCCGACGCACACCAGAAAGCCCUUUCUUACAAAAGAGCCGUAGCGAGGGUCUACAACCGGAACGUGCGACCCCGGUCGAUAAAAUUAGAGGACUUGGUCCUGCGCAAAGUCGAGGUCAGCCACCCCACCCAAGUAAGGGGGAAACUGGCCCCAAAGUGGGAGGGACCCUAUCGGGUCAUCGGAGUAUCCCGACCGGGGACAUUCAGGCUCGCCACAAUGGAUGGCGACCCCGUGCCCCGGACUUGGAACAUACAGAACCUUAGGAAAUAUUUCGUCUGA